AUGAAAUUCCGCAUUGUCGAACCGUAUCCGGUCGAUGUAUAUCAAAAUGAUCAUAUAAUAAGCAAGCUUAAAGGCUAUAAAAGACCAGAGUACACGAAUGUGGAGCCUCUAAUAAGAAUUCCAGUCUUUGGAGAUGUCGAUGUCGAGGCGAUCCUCGAAGAACAAAAACUACGAAAGCCACCUGCUACUGCAAACGGUACAAAUGAAGCCACUGAUUCUUCCAAGGCGAGUGUCAAGGUCAACGAGGCAGUCGAGCAACCACUGAAGCUCUACGUGAGUCUUGAUAAACUUCUACCCCAGAACAAACAGCAGCAGAAAGCUACUGUUGCUCUCCACAACUGUCCUACACUACGAAAGAAUGCCAUGGAAAAGGUUCUAGAGAUAAUUGUAUCUGUGGCUCCAGCUAAGGGCCUGUUUCUAUGGACAGAACUAGCAGAGGGCGACUUGGCUGGGUCAAACAAUGUAUUCGUACGCUUUUCAAAUAUCCAGCUAGCCACAAUUUUUAUUGAAGUUCUUCCCAGGUUUAACGAAGUUUUCAAAGUUGAUGUCUCUAGCCAGGUUGAGCAGGCUUCAGGCACUGGUUUUGAUGAGACCAAGAUCGAGACAGCAUUAUCUGAGGUUUCCAAUAUCAUAGCGAACAGGAAGAAUUAUGGUAAAAAUGUCAACAAAACGGGCACUGAGGAUCUUGACAAGGUCAUGCAACAUUACAGCACAUAUAAAGUUGACAAUGCUGACUUGGUGGAUAUUCCAAAGGAAAUGAGAGACAAGAUCGUGGGAGAUAUUGUUAGGUUCCGCUCUAGGGUGCUUACAAUUGAAAAAGAGGCCAGAAAGAAGGAGCUCGAGGUCGAAAGACGUAAAGCUAAAGCAAAACUUACGAGCAUUUUCCAAGGUAUCAAAGAAUCUGGCUCUCUUGCAGAGACCCCAUCUGGGGAACAUGAGACAGACGAGCAAGCCGAUGAAGAAGAGCUGGAAACUGACAAGAUGACCGAGGAGGAUUACGCCAAGUAUAUUCAAGACGAGCAAUCCAGACAAGAGGAUGCGGCAUAUCUGAAGAAACAGGACAGGAUGAAAUACCUUGAGGAACAUGAAAUGUCAAACUUGUUACAACAGCUUAAAGCUGUCCAAGAGUACGAAGACAAUUUGGUGGACAACAAGUUCUCGUACAUGGAGGAGUUCAAGCUGUUUCUGGAUCUUGACAUGCCAAAGAUCAAUCCAAUUCUCUCAUCCAAGGUUCAACUAUACUAUAAUGAUCACGCGGAGUAUCUACGAGUUAGAAAUUUCGAAAGAACCAAGGAAGAACAACUCGAUAAAGAGGAUGCUCAGGAAGAAGAGAAGGAGGUUCAAACACCAGCUCCAUCUACUAAGAAGGUUACUGAAACUGUUGCUACUGAGUCAAACGGGUCUAGUCUUGUGGUUCUGGAGCUUCUGUCAGAUAAGCUUUCUUCUUUGAAGAAAAAAAUUAGUGAUCUUAUCGAGGAAUAUUUGGGAGUUAAGGAGGAGAUUUUGAUUGACUUCAUUUAUGACUUUCUCGUUGAAAACAAUCUUUCUGAGAAGGAAAGCUUGAUAGCCGAGUUACAGGAGACUCUUGAUGACGAUUCGCUCGUUGUUGUGGAAGAAAUCCAUAAAUUUCUUCUUAUUUAG